GGGAUGGUGGCGCCACUUAGAGAAGGACCUUCACCCGCUUCUCAGCGCACAGUGCGGGAGAAGAGCAGGGCGAGCUCGCUGCGUCGGCACCGCCUGCUGCACAACUUUGACUCCCGGGCGUCUUUAACAACAGCGGGGCAGGCAGGCGGAAAACGUCCCCAUCGCUACAGCAGCAAGAAUCGUGAAGGUGUGUUUUCCUAAGAGACACGGGCUUUCCUGUACUUCUUGCUUAGAAGUUACCUCUGGUCUCUGUAUGGGGAAGAAUUGGAGAAGCAGCGGCAUCUGUAGGCUCAAGAAGAUGCUGUUGCCAGAAUUCCUUCAGCUGCUGCUGCUGCUCAAAAUGGGGCUGAUAAGUAGAGCCAUGGAUGUGUGUCCAUCCCUUUGUGACUGCUCCGAUUGGGACCGCUUCAAAAUCACCUGCACAGAGAUCCAUUACAUCCCCAACCUACCACAAGGCAUACAGACUUUGAGAUUUAUAGAAACCCAUCUAAGAAGAAUACCUAGAGAAGCAUUCUCCAAUCUCCCCAACAUCACAAAAAUCUAUAUCUCCAUAGAUGCAGCUCUGCACAUGCUGGAAGCUGAUUCUUUCAGCAAUUUAAGCAAGGUUAUCCAUAUAGAAAUUCGAAAUGCUAGAAACCUCAGUUACAUACAUCCUGAUGCCUUUAGGAAUCUUACACAGCUAAAAAACCUUGUGAUCUUGAAUACGGGGCUCAGCGUUUUUCCUGACCUCACCCACAUUUACUCAACUGAUGUGAAUUUUUUACUUGAAAUUGCUGAUAAUCCUCACAUGAAUUCACUGCCUCCGAAUGGAUUCCAUGGGCUGUGCAAUGAAUCCCUUACACUCAAACUCUACAAUAAUGGUUUCACAAAGAUAUCACCACAUGCAUUCAAUGGGACAAGGCUGGAUUCUGUAUACCUGCACAAGAAUAAAUAUCUAAGAAUAAUUGAUGAAGAUGCAUUUAUGGGUGUGCAGAGUGGACCAUCACUAUUGGAUGUCUCUCAGACUAGUAUUGUUACCCUGCCAACAAAAGGACUUGAAAACCUUAAAGAACUGAUGGCGCAAAAUACAUGGACACUGAAGAAAUUCCCUCCUAUAAAAACUUUUCCUCAUCUAAUUCGAGUGAAACUGUCAUAUCCAAGCCACUGUUGUGGGUUCAAGAAUUGGAAAAAAUCCAAAGGCAUUCUCGAGUUCCUGUUGUGCAACCAAACUAACAAUCACAACGUGCGCAAGAGAAGAUCUGCCAGUGCUGCCAGGGUCCCCUUUUACCAGGAUUACAUGGAAGAGGAUUCAGAUCAUACUGAUACUGCCUAUGAUGAGAAUACCAAAUUUAGAGAUGUUCAUGGAAAUUCUCAUUACUACAUCUUUUUUGAAGAGCAGGAUGAUAGAGAGAUGGGGUUUGGCCAAGAGCUGAAGAAUCUUCAAGAGGAGAACACCCCAGCAUUUGACAACCAUUAUGAUUACUUUAUCUGCGGAGGUAGUGAUGAUGUUGUGUGCACCCCAGAACCUGAUGAGUUCAAUCCCUGCGAAGACAUAAUGGGAUACAAAUCUCUAAGGAUUGUGGUAUGGUUUGUGAACUUGUUAGCUAUUCUGGGCAAUGCUUUUGUUCUCUUUAUUCUUCUCACCAGCCAUUAUAAGCUAACCGUCCCCCGUUUCCUGAUGUGUAACUUGGCUUUUGCUGAUUUCUGUAUGGGAUUAUACCUUCUCCUGAUUGCUUCAGUGGAUCUUUACACUAGAUCAGAGUACUAUAACCAUGCCAUUGACUGGCAGACUGGGUCAGGUUGUAACACUGCUGGCUUCUUCACGGUCUUUGCUAGUGAGUUGUCGGUCUUCACCUUGACUGCAAUCACCCUGGAGCGCUGGUACGCCAUCACCUUUGCCAUGCGGUUGGAUAAGAAAAUUCGCCUUUGGCAUGCUUUCGUUACAAUGUUGGUUGGUUGGCUGAUAUGUUUCCUUCUUGCCCUUCUGCCACUGCUUGGAGUAAGCAGUUAUGGAAAAGUCAGCAUCUGUCUUCCUAUGGACACCGAAACCCUUGUGGACCAAGUCUACAUUGUAAUUGUUUUAAUUUUGAACAUCAUCGCUUUCAUCAUAAUUUGUGCCUGUUAUAUAAAAAUCUAUAUCACUGUUAGAAAUCCACAGUACAAGUCAGGGGACAAAGAUAGUCUAAUUGCUAAAAGGAUGGCUGUGUUAAUUUUUACCGACUUCUUAUGCAUGGCUCCAAUCUCAUUCUAUGCUUUGUCUGCUAUAAUGAAUAAGCCCCUAAUAACUGUAAGCAAUUCAAAAAUCCUGCUGGUUCUUUUCUAUCCACUCAACUCCUGUGCUAACCCAUUCCUUUAUGUUAUCUUUACCAAGGCUUUCCGAAGAGAUGUUUUCAUCUUGCUCAGCAAGAUUGGUUUGUGUGAGCAUCAGGCUCAAAUCUACCGGGGCCAGACAGUCUCCCCUAAGAACAGCAGUGCCUCUUACAGCCAGAGGAAUAGCAGAGGGAUGGGUCAAAAUCUCAGAAACCUUCAAGAGUGCCAUCACGGCUUGUCUGAAAACUACCACCCAACAGUGAUGCUGUGUGCUCAAGGAACUAGGAAAGAUAGUAAGCUCACUGUAUUAUAGAACCUAUAAACAACAUAUGAUCAAGAAGACUUGGUUGGACUAGAAAUGAAAUGAGGAUGUUAGGACAGGGACAUAAGGUUCUCAUGGCCUCAGUGGUGUUUGAGAAUUUUUGAUGUGAUUAGGUUUCUCAUGAAUUUUGUGCAAGAGGGUGAUCUUGCGCAAUAGUGGCACUAUCAUGGGUCUGUAUGGGACAGCAUAGUAGAAAGAAUUAUUCGGGUCUGUGCACAGUUGAUCUUACCACCCCAUCCCUGAGGUGGCUCAUAUCCGUGUGUGUAUGUGUGCAUGCACACACACAGAAGCAUGCCCCUCGGACACUCCUCUAUUCAGGUGGUGGGGGAGCUAGACCAGGUAUUCACUUUCCUUCCUGCUCAUCCUUUCUCUCAUAGGAUAACAAUUUUCUGGCUGAUACAAAGCAGUAAAUGAACAAGAAGGGACAUCUGUUUGAACUAUGUGCCAGUUUUUAAAGAAGUGUAGUAAUUGAAAUAUAUAAUUAAAUUUAUUUUUAUAUAUAAGCCAAUGGGGUUGCUCCCGACAGUGAUUAGUGGUGUGAAUUACACAGUGGUUGGGGUUUGCUCAUUUGCUUGGUGGGGAUGGGGAGUGUGAGGAGUGUCACUGGAGCUAUAAUUUGACACUUGUUUAAAAUCACCAUGUCCACCUCCCCUCAAAAAAAAAGAAGACAGGUUUGAAGAGUGGAGAAGGAACGUACAAAUGACCAAGAUUCUGUCAGAUGCUAUAAUAAUAGAAAUCAGAUAAAUCAGGAACAUCCUGAAUUUAUAGAGCUCUUUCACAGAAAAAGGUAGAGCUAGAACAAAUGGAAAAACUAGAGAAAACACAAGGACACUAUGAAGUGGAGACUUUAAAGACAUCUUUCUUUCAAUGAAUGUUAAGGAAAUGCUUCACACUUUCCAAUGGAAAUUGUGAAGAUUUUAAUUUGGGCUGGAUUGCAUCUCACAUUUUGUAAAGAUUCUUAAAAGAAGGAAUAGAGAUAAGAGAAUAGGUUGGACUUGGUGUUUGCUGAUGGAAGGAUUCCAUUAACUGUCCUGGUUUCCCUUUGUGGUAACUCUUUUAAUCUUCUAUACAUGAGUGCUGAAUUAACCUCAGGAGUGCUGUUCACAAUAUGCUAGUAGUCCUUUUGUGUGUGUCUCUACAUUAACAAACAAGCAGUAACUUUCUAUACAGAUAACUGUUUUAACCUGUAGCUGCAAACUAAAACAAGAGUCCAGUGGUACUUUAGAGACAUGUCAGCAGAGGCAUGAAGUGUGCAUUGACAAGGCAAACACAGAUAUUUGUCCCAGCACUAUCCUGAAUAAAGACACUUGAUAGCUACACUUAGAUUAACUGGCUUGUUUAAAUGGGUGAUCGAUUUGCUUAUUUUAAGGACAGGCUGCACUAGGAAGUCUUCAUAGCUGCCACCUGGGCAACUACAUCCUGGUUCCAAAUACAGCUAUUGCUGAAAUUGCUGGCUUUAUUUAUCUUCACCAAUGCAUGAAUGUGUCAACAGCUGUCUUUCAAUGAGCCAAAAAAGUUGCCUGGAAGGAGACACAAUCCCACAGCAGAGGGACUAUGUAUGCAAAUACAGGCAAGGGGGUGCUGAGGAGUGGGAAGGGAGAGGGUUGGGAUCCAUUCUGACAGCCACCAGCUAAAGAGAUUCCCACGAGUGCUGAUCCUCUGCUCAUGUAAGCAGUCACAUGACCAUUCUAAAAGGACAGAAAAACUUAUGUGAGCUGAAGAACCCUUCUGUGUACUGAGAAAGUGCAAGCUGUUAUCAUGGCAAAGUGUUCACAGAUAAUUUAGUCCUGUUGCCCAUGAGAAGGUACAAAUAGUUCUUUAUGGAAGCCCUGCGUUGGUCGAUCAUUAGAACCCAUUCAUAGGUGACAAGCAGGAACUUUCAGUUUUCCCUUCUUGAGUUAGAAUGCUGAAAUUUAAGGAAUAAAUUGAAAGCUGCAGUCUAUUUUAGUAGGGUAAAGCCUUCACUUCAUUCUUCCCCUUGCAGUCAUAUAUAGUAUAGAAGCACUUUUGCAGCAACUGCCAAAAUAACAAUGCAGUUAUUUCUAAUGCUGUGGUUAAGUAGUUAAUAUGAAUUUGGAAAAAAAAAAACACCUUUCCUUUUGUACUCACUUUUGCACACCUUUUGUAUCGUAGAAGAAUCUAUACCUAUUAUAUCGUUCCAGCCAUAAGCAUUCUAUGGACACAGGUUUCAGCACAAAUGCUGGUCCGGAAAAGGCUAAAUGCAGCUUUUGAUGUGUCCCUUCUGUGCUUGAUUACAGCUGGAUCAAGGCCUACGUCUUAAUCAUGCUUACUUUUUCCUGUACCAAGUACAUCUGUGACAGUUGCUGUACUCUGUAUUAAUGUUUUGUAUUUCUGCCUUUGUGGACGUAAUUCAUUGAAUAAUACAUACAAGAUAAGGAAAAGACUUUGUUUCUUAGACCUGGCAAUAAAUGUGUGAGUUGAGAGCUCCUAUUUUCUAACUUGUUUCUGGCUUUGUAAUUGAUGUUUUAGGUACUUAGAUGAUACCAGCAACCUGCCAUUGAUUAAUUCUGGAGCUUUAGUGUAAUAAUGUAAUAUACACACUUUUGGCAUUAAAA